AUGGAGUCCCUUGAAAUCCACUCCAAGUCUUUCCUGAUAAAAUGGGCUGAAGUCUCGGACGAAGCCUUCAUCACCUGGAAAGUUCAACCUUUGAAACGCUCAAUAAACUUUGGGCUGUACCGCAGGGUUUCCAAGAAAGUCGAAGAGGGUUCAGAGUCUGCAACGCGUAAAUUCAGCUCCUCUAGUAUCACUCAACAAGAACUCAAGGACCGUCUGCAAGCAUCUGGCCUCCAACAAGUCCAUUGGCAUGGCAGGUGUAAUCCUGAUGAGAUUCUUCAGGGAAAAUUUGACGUUCUUCCGGGCAUGACUGGUACGUAUGCUUUGGUCUUUGAUAAUACAUUUUCCAAAAGCAUUGCUAAAACCGUACUCUUCAGUCUGCGCAUCCAUCCGGUCGCUGCAAGUGUGUCUUCCACAUCUCUCCAAAGUUCUCUAAGCUCUGCCGCUUUUGAUUCACAAGCAUCCACUGUGGCCUCUUCUUCUUCAUCAUCUGGCACAAAUGGCAGUAAAGUCAAUGACGGCAUGCCAAAUUCCAUUAAAAACUUUUCUUAUCCCGCAAAAUCAAAUUCACAACAUUCGGCUAAUCCGGCUUCUUCGCCAGGUCUACAAGCCAUCAGUACACAGACUCAAUCAACAAAGCAAUUGGAUAUCAAUAAUGAUAAAAUUAAUACUAUAUCUAAAUCUACUCGACACUCUCCUGGUGAAGACCUUGGUAUCAGCCAUAGUCACAGCCUUGGACAUGGCUACAGUCGCAAUCACAGCCAUGGCCAUGGCCAUAGCCACAAUAAUCAUGGUAGCCGCAAUCAUUCUCCUGGAGCUUUGGAGGCUUUGGCUAUUGCUUCUGGUCCACAAAUUCAGUCGACAAGACCUGUUUCCAUGCUGCUUCCCUCAGCUGCUUCCUCCAGCGGGUCUCUGUCAGAGAAAAAUUUACUCCCCAGAGGGCGCUCAGUCUCGCCAUCAAGAAGACCGGGUGCGUCGGUGCGGAAAUCAUCCGUAACAAUUGUAACUCAGCCACUGGAAAAACGAGAUCUUAAAGCACCGCCGUCUAUGAGUGAUGGUCGAAAUCUUUGGGGUACACUGCUUAAAAAGAAGCGUAAGAAACUCCAGGGGUACGCACGUAGAUUCUUUCUGCUUGAUUAUAAGUACGGAACCCUCAACUAUUAUCUAUCUGAUAAAUCCGCGGUGCUCCGUGGAAGUAUGCCCAUCAAACUUUGUGUCAUCACGGCUAUGCCCAGAUCUCUUGAGAUUUUUGUUGACUCUGGCAUGGAAGUUUGGAACUUAAAGGCCCUUACACAGGCAGAUUUCAAAACAUGGACUUCAGCACUAGAUGUAGUCAGACUUUCAUCAGCGAAUUCCUCAGAUGCCUCUGCAUCAAAAUCUUCUCAGAACUUGUUGAAAACAGCUCUCAUAUCUUCAAGCACCACUCCAUCGACAACAGAACAGACAUCAUCACCGUUGCCGCCUGCCACCUUGGGCCCCGCUCAUCACCCCGCCUUGGAAUCUAAUUUUGGCAUUACUGACUCGCAUUUAGAAUCCUUGUCUCAAAUUAUCCAAACAUUAAAUUCAGCUUCCAUUAAGGCUAGAGAGGCUGCAGAUCAGCAAGAAAAAUCAAUUUCUUUUCAGCCUUCGCUACCACAACGAAGAUCUUCAUUUUGGAGACGCCGAGGCUCUAAGCAAACCCAAGAGGAGUCUUCCCAGUCAACUAUUUCUUCUUCAGCCAUUCAACCUUCUGAAUCAGGACAGACUCUCUCCCCCUAUAGCAUCAACGGUGCAAUUUCUCCUAAUAACCAGAGUUCAACAAAUCUUUCCACAACUGGUACCCUCCCACCCCUUCCCAAGUCACCAAUCUUAGAUGGAGAUCAUUCUAAUGGGGUUUCUCUAGAUGAACUUGCAAAGCUUGAUCUUAAAAGUAUCUCACCUCCACCAGUGGCAGGACCUAAUUCCGUCAUUAAUACACUCAGAGAUUUAUCCUUGACUAUUGAUAAGGUUACUGAGGAUUUGAAGGCACUUUGGAAUGACCAGUCUAAUAUUGCAUCUGCUGCUUCCGCUGCCGCUGCUGCUGCUGCAAUUGCCUUCAGAGAAGCUGCUCAGUCUUUUCCUUCAAAUUCAGCCGCAGUUUUGGCCAUUUCCCCAGGUACCUCUAGAGCAGCAACACCAAUUUUAUCACCCAAUGCAACCUCAAUUCAUCCAGGAAUUGUCAGACGGGUCAGCGAUGGAAACAUUAGUUUGUAUUCUACUGACGAAUUUUUUGAUGCACAGGAGUUUGGUCAAACAAAUGACGGUGUUAUUUACAUUGACAAGGAAGAGAAUUCUUCUAGCUCUGAAGAAGAGGUUGGUAUGCUGGAAAAUGACGAAGAUGAUUCCUUGUCGUCUGAUGAUGAAGGUGACCUUUCAGUCACGACACAUCUUCCUGCUGUUAUGAAUGAGAUUGCUGAAGUUGAAAAUGUUGAUGGCGAGCCAUACUUGUAUCCUCUUAAUGAAAUCACCAAACCUCCAACCAGACGUCAUGUUAUUCCAUUAUCGGUUGCUUCGCCUCCAAGUUUGAUUUCACUUGUUCGUAAGAGCGUUGGCAAGGAUCUCUCUAUGAUUGCGAUGCCAGUGACUUCUAAUGAGCCUGUCACCAUUCUUCAACGCAUGUGUGAAAUAUUUGAAUAUUCGGAGCUUGUGGAUAAGGCAUUUACUUAUCCUGAAGGCUCACCAGAACGUCUUCUUGCCAUAGCUGCAUUUGCUAACUCUUACUUAUCAUCAGGUCGAGCUAAGGAACGUUCUGCUCGCAAACCCUUUAACCCGUUGCUAGGAGAAACGUACGAAAUGGUUCGUCCAGAAAAAGGUAUUCGUGUUAUCACUGAAAAAGUUAGCCACCGUCCACCUAUUAUGGCAAUCCAAGCUGAAUCGUCCAACUGGAUAAUGCACUACUCACCUAAUCCUCACCAGCAGUUUUGGGGUAAAAGUGCAGAAAUCAAUAAUAGGGGUACCGCUCGUUUGACACAUUUGCCGUCCCGUGAAGUGUUUGAGUGGGAACAACCUACCACAUUUCUGCGCAACGUGAUUGCUGGUGAAAAGUAUGUGGAGCCUGUUGGAUCUUUAGUGGUUGUUUCCUCAACUGGGUGUAAGGUGGUUGUUGAGUACAAGUCUGGUAGCAUGUUUUCCGGGAGAAGCGAAGACUUGAGAGCUGUCAUUUACAACUCCAAUGGUGCUCCUAUCAAGGGAUACGCAUUGGAGGGCAAAUGGACACAAAGCCUGGAUAUGCUUACUCCUAGUGGUGGACGUUCUAAGGUGUGGGAAGUCGGCAAGCUUGUUGACAAUCACACAAAGCGAUUUGGGUUUACUGACUUUGCAGCUUCGCUCAACGAAGUGACUUCAGUUGAAAACAAGAAGAUGGCGCCAACAGAUUCCCGUCUACGUCCGGAUCAGCGAAUCUACGAAGAAUGUGGAAUUGAUAAGGCUGAGGAACUCAAAUUACAUUUAGAAGAAAUGCAGCGCCAACGACGUAAGCAAAUGGAGGAUGCAAACGAAACCUAUGUGCCCAAGUUUUUCGAGCUCGACAAGAAUGAGAGUGUAUGGAAACUCAAGACAGGCGAAGAAAACUAUUGGCGAAGAAGACGGGCUGGCAACUGGGAACCCAAUAAUUUGGUUGAAUUAUUCAAAUAA